AUGGAGAAGCUGGAUCCUCACGCAAUGAACUCGGCCAUUGUGAUCACCCCUGCCACCAACAGCCGCCUCUUCUGGAAGAUCACUCGCCGAAUUCUGGUCAUCCAAGUUGUUACCUAUUUUUUCCAAUCCCUCGACAAGGGCAUACUGAAUUAUUCGUCCAUCAUGGGCAUCAAGACUGAUACGCACUUGGUCGGGCAACAAUAUUCUUGGCUAGGCUCAAUCCUGUAUUUCGGUAUUCUUGUGGGCGAGUAUCCGCAAAACUUCCUUCUACAGAAACUCCCUUUGGCGAAGAUGCUAGCCGUCAACGUUUUCAUCUGGGGAGCCAUCGUGGCCUGUUCAGCAGCAGCUACCAACUUCGCAUCUCUUAUGGUAGUACGGUUUCUAUUGGGGUUCUUUGAGAGUUGCGUCCAACCGGCAAUGAUGUUGCUGACAUCGAUGUGGUACCGGCGCGAGGAACAGUCUGUCUUGAACUCAAUAUGGUACUGCAUGACCGGAGUGCAACUCAUGGUUGGUGGCCUGCUGUCCUUCGGUGUCUCCAAAUUCCAAGGAGGGCCGAUCUUCAACUGGCAGCUUUUAUUCCUCAUCCUGGGAUGUGCAACAUGCGUCUGGUCCUUUUUCAUCGGUCUCUUCCUGCCGGACUCGCCCUACUCCGCCAAGUGCUAUACUGAAGAGGAGAAGGCAUUAAUGAUUGAACGUGUGCGGGAUAAUGAGACAGGGAUUUCCAAUAAGAAGUAUAAAAAGUACCAGGUGGUGGAGGCUCUGACUGAUCCCUUUGUGUGGUGCUGUGUGCUGAUGAUCCUGGUGGCCAAUUUCAUCAUCGGGGGUCUGGGUGUAUUCUCCAACCUCAUCAUCGAACAGUUCGGCUUCACGCUCCUCCAGACCCAGUUGCUGAAUAUUGCGCAAGGUGCAUGGACGAUCGGUGUCAUGGUCGGGUCGGCUUGGACUGCCCAGCGAAUCCAGAAGACUUGCUUGGUUAUGCUACUCUGGACAAUCCCCGCCAUCGCGGGCACCAUUUGCAUCCUUGUGGUCACGCCGUCCUCAUCAAACAGCGGAGGCAUGCUCAUCGCGUUCUACUGCACGCAAUGCUUCCUGGCCGAGGGCAACCUGAUUAUCUCUCUGGUCACACGCAAUAUCGGGGGACAGACCAAAAAAGGUAUCACCAUGACCAUGAUCUUCAUCGGGUGGGCGGUUGGCAAUCUGGUGGCUCCGCAGGUCUUUCAGAAUUCGGAUGCUCCCCGAUACCUGCAUGGAUUUCUGGCGCACAUCGUGAUCUACGGUAUUUAUAGUGCUCUGGUGGUGGGGACAUGGUUGUUGCUGCUGGCCCGGAACCGUCUCAAGACUCAAGCUGCGCCGGAUCUGAAUCACGAGUUGGCCUUUGACGAUCUGACGGACAAGGAGAAUCCGAACUUUCGCUAUGUGCUCUGA